UUUCCAUGCAUCUGAUUUUAAUUUUUGUCUGAUUCUUUUGGAGGUUACUAGUUGUAAAAAUCAAAAAAAUAUUCAAAUUUUCAGCAGACAAAAAUUUUCAUUUUCUCAUAUUUUAUUUUUUGUUACAUUCUUUCUGCAUAUGUUAAAAUUCAAAUUUCUUUUUUUCUUUUGUGCAACAGAGAACUAAAAAAUAAUUUUAAAAAAUAUUUUUUCGCAUUUGAAUUUUCCAUAUUUCCAUAUUUCUAUACCCACAGGAAGCAGAAAAAAAAAGAAGGGGAAAUUUGACAUGGCUGAUUGCAAAUGAGGAUGCAUGAAAUGUAAGCUAUAUAUAUUUCGAGAUCUUUCCCUUUUUUUUGAAGUUUAAUAUCUAUUUAUAUUUUAUACAUCUAUUACUUUUAUUCAACAUCAACUACUAAUAACUAAACAUAUAUUCCAUCAUGAAAUACAUAUCACAAGACGAUAUGGUGAUAAGCACCAAAACUAGAAACAUUCAUUCAUCUACUAAAGAAAAUAUCGAUUAUUUAGAAUACAUACCAAUGAAUUCUGAACAUUAUUUAAAUGAUAAUUUAAAUUUAUUAGCAUACAUCAAAUUAAAUGAAAAUGUUGAAAACACUACUGAUGAUUUAAUCAUUAAAAGAAUCAAUAACAUUUGCUGGAGAAGAUGUAAUAAGAAUUUAUUCCAAGUUGAUGAAUUCAAACCAUAUUUAAUUAACUGGGAUAAAAACAGUGAUAUCACUUGGUUAUUUGGUCCAAAGGUUGUUAUUCCAGAAGAACAAGAAGAAGAACAACCACAAGAAGAAACCACUUCUACUAUUGCAUAUCCAACUUUUAACUUUGAAGAAUCAGAAGAAGUCUGUUCAUUAUUGAGUGAUGAUGAAGACGAAGAAGAAGAAGAUAGUCAAAGUGAAGUUAGUUCUGUUUUAUCAUUUGAAAGAAAAAACUCAUUAAGUUCCGCCAGUUCAUACUUUGAAGAAGAAGAUGAUGAAGAUUAUGAAUACAAUUUAAAAUCUUCAAUUAAAAAGACAUGCUCAAAAUCAACCAAAAAAGUUUCAUUCAACUACAUUGUUAACACUAGAGAAAUAAUUAAUGGUAUUUCCUUUGAUUAUGAUUUUUUAGAUCAUGAAUGUUUAUAAAUCUAAAAUCAUUGAUUGAUUAAUUGAUACCACAAACAAUUCUACUUAUUCAUGCAUUAUUUUCCUUACAAUUACAACUUUUAAUAUUAAUUAUUCAUCUAGUUCAUUUCUUACUAUGGUUUUCCAUAUUAUAUUUAUUACAUUGGUCAUUUCUUUUCAAUUCUUUCUUAGCAUUAGCAUUUUUAUUUUAGUAUAUAGUUUUUUAGAUAAAAAGUAUUAUUCUACAAAAAUAAAAAUAAACAAAAAAACAUCAUAGUCAUCUUUUUUUAA